UAAAAAAAUCUUGGCAUAAAUUUGAUUCAGUUAAUGAACGACGAAAAAUAAACUAGCUUCUUUCUAAGUUGGCUUUGGUCGAGUACGAGUUGCUACAAGACAGGUCAUCACUUGUGACUAAAAUGACCAGCGGUAAACAACGUAGUUUGAGUGAUAAAGACUUGUCAGAGCUGAGUGAUGGAGAUAAGCCAAAGAUGUCCGACAAGCGAGAGAUAUUGCUGGAUGAGCCAAAAUGGCGGUGGUUGAGUGAAGAAGAAAAACAAAAUAAGAAACACUUGCAAUGGAUGCAGAAAAUUAUUGUAAGUCCGGAAGAGACAAUUCACAAUCUGGAGUUGAAGAAUUGGAGGCUGGAAGCACAUAUUAGGCAGCUGACCUGUGAGAAUUCGAGAUUGGAGGAUGACAACUCAAAGAUGAAAGAACUUCAUCAAAGUAAAGAGGGUGUAGUUUUACGGCAGGAAGAAACGAUUAAAAAGCUGACAGAUGAGAAUUUGAGAACAAAGCAACUAGGGAAAUACUGUUUCUUGUAUUUCUGGCUGCAUUCGGACUGCCAUGUCUCUCUUGAAACACCUGCAAGAACAUACAUAAGUAUCCACCCACCAGACACAACGGGAUUUCAUUCACAUCAACCGAACGUGGUACAAUCCCUGUAAGAGGAUAUUAAGCGCCUAGGGAAUCCAACUGAGAUUAUGCCUUUAGUCGGUCUAAAUGUUGACGAAAUAGAUGAAUGGUACAAAACAAUUGGUGUUCACUUUGAACAGUGGACUGAUGAUUACGGAAUGCUAGAAACUGCUCUCGUAAAAGGAUCAGACGACUUCAAGAAUUACUUAGCAAAACACAAACCCAGCAUUCCAAACAAAAUUUUUCCACUCUACAUCUAUUCAGCUGCCUGGGAACACACAUUGACAAACUGCGACAGCUCAAGAUGGCAUAACGACUGAAUAUACUAACGUUCCUGAACAUAAAUUAUCUAUUUUGCAUAGCUUAUGUUUAUUAAGACCAAAGACCUCUAAUACUGUAACAAUAUAUAUAUGAACACUAAUUAUUUCAAAGAUUUGCUUUUUAAUAUUUUGUAUAAUUUUAUUGAUGUGGUGUGGCUUGUUUCUGGUGUUUGAAUUGGGGAACAUGGUGUUAAUAAAAUGCCAAUACAAUAUUAAUAGUGAACAUUUUAGUACUACUUGUGUGCAAUAUGUAAGUCACAUGACAGUUAAUCAUUCCGAAUCUACUAUUUUUGAUUACCGCAAAACAAUAAAUUUAAAAAUUGUAUAAACUGUCUUGUGCAUCAUAGCUGAUAUCCUACUAUGCAAUGUACUCCAUUUCGUACCUUUUAAGUUAACGUUAAAGCACAAGUAGAUUGAAUAAUAAUUGGCUUUGUCAUGACCUCUAUAUUGCAUACUACUCAGCAUAGGUAAAAUAAACAUGCUAUACUUCAACACCUUUUAUUUGAGUGUGCAAGUGUUGUUUCCCCCUAAAUAAAUAAUCGCUUUGAUAGUAUAGUAAGCAUGGGCACACUUUAUGGUAUUUUUAGUGAGUUGAACAUUUAAUAAAUGGUACA